AUGGCAUGUGGGGCUGCAGUUCUGAUAUGGGCUCUGGCCCUGUUUUCAGGGUCUUCAGUCACCCAGGCACAGAAAAGCUUCUGGGACUACUUCAGCCAGAGCAGCAAAGACAAAGGCAGGAUGGAGCAAAUGCAGCAGCAGAAGCUGACGCGGGAGCCCUUGAGCCUGAAAGACAGUCUUGAACAAAACCUCAACAAUAUGGACAAGUUCCUCGAAAAGCUGGGCCCUCUGAGUGGACAGCCGCAGGACCCCGAAGGCACACGACAGCAGCUACAGGAGGAGCUGGAAGAGGUGAGGGCACGCCUGGCGCCAUACAUGACCGAGGCGCAUGAGCGCGUGGGCUGGAAUCUGGAGGGGCUGCGGCAGCAGCUGAAACCCUACACUGUGGAGCUGAUGGAGCAGGUGGCCCUGCGAGUCCAGGAGUUGCAGGAGCAGUUGCGCGUGGUCGGGGAGGACACCAAGGCCCAGCUGCUAGGGGGCGUGGGUGAGGCGCGAGGUUUACUGCAGGAAUUGCAGAACCGUGUUGCACACACCACCGGCCGUGUUAAGGAACUCUUUCACCCAUACGCCGAGCGCCUGGUGACAGGCAUCGGACGCCACGUGCAGGAGUUGCACCGCAGCGUGGCACCCCACGCCCCCGCCAGUCCCAAGCGCCUCAGUCGCUGUGUGCAAGUACUCUCGCGUAAACUCACGCUUCAGGCCAAGGCGCUGCACGCACGCAUCCAGCAGAACUUGGACCAACUGCGUGAUGAGCUCAGUGCCUUCGCCGGCGCUGGGGCGGAUGGCGCGGAGGAGGAGACCGUCCCUGACCCCCAGGUGCUCUCAGAGGAGGUACGUCAGCGACUCCAGGCUUUCCGCCAUGACACCUUUCUGCAGAUCGCUGCUUUCACCCAAGCCAUCGACCGGGAGACGGAGGAGGUCCAGCAGCAGCUGGCGCCGCCCCCACCAGGCCACAGUGCCUUUGCUCCUGAAUUCCUUCAAGCAGACAGAGGAAAGGCCCUGAGCAAGCUUCAGGCCCGUCUUGACGACCUGUGGGAAGACAUCAGCCACAGCCUCCACGACCAGGACCCUAGCCAUCUGGGGGAAUCCUGA